GACCCGCGAAAAUGUGUGUGUGCUGAUUGGCGUAUUUUUUAAAGACCCUUGAGAUAAACUAUAAACACAUAGAACACGCGAAGCCUGAUUGCAUUUUCGAUUUUCCUUUUUCUAUUAUUAAGCAUAGCAAACGGGUGCAAUCACAAACACUUUUUACUUGCUCAGUAAUGAUGUCGUCACUUCCUGAUAUUCCCCUACCAAAGGGUGUAGAUUUAGAUUAUGAAGCAAAACGAAUCAAGAAUAUUGCAGAAAAUAAAGCAAUGUUGAAGAAGCUGCUAUCUGAACUGGAAGGGAUGCCUGGCAUUCCCAAACAAUGUAGACAAGAAUUGAAGAAGUCACCAAAGGUUAAAAGAACCUACACCGAAAAUGUUGUUCGUCGAUGUAAUCCCAGUCGCAAGGCCCGUACGUUGAGGAGCCCGCCCAUGACGAGGUCUCACCACAAGAGGAAGUUUGAGGAAGCUGAUGUCGAUGAUAGUGAAGAAGCUUUUGGCAUGGAUGCAAAGCGAUCCAAAUCUAGAUUGUUAAUUAGAUUUCCUGGCAUGAAGAAGAAAAUAAGCCAUGGAUCCAACAGCUCAGAUGAUGAUGACAGCGUGGGGGACAACAAAUUUGAAGUUUAUGAUAGUUCCCCUAACUCAACCCCUGAGAAGAAGCGGCGUGCCGUGAAACUGGAAAGCAAAACUGUGGAUGAGAUCACUGAGGAGGACAUUGAGAAUGUGGCAGAAAAUGUCCGAGAGAAGGUCUAUAACAGUGAAUAUGGAACCACUUGUCAUCAAUGCAGACAGAAGACUCUAGAUAUGAAAACUAUCUGCCGUUCUGAAUCCUGCUUUGGGGUGAGAGGUCAGUUUUGUGGACCUUGCUUGCGUAACCGCUAUGGUGAAGAUGCAAAGACUUGUUUGAAAGAUCCAGAAUGGACAUGCCCACCAUGUAGAGGUAAUUGCAACUGCAGUUUCUGUCGCAAAAAGAAAGGACGACAUGCUACCGGAAUACUUAUUCACCUUGCUAAGCACAGUGGCUUCAACAGCGUCCGAGAAUAUCUAGAAAGCUUUGCUAGUGCAUGAGGUGUUACAUUCCUUUUGUCAUCUUGAUCACUUUAAUGGAAUCGCUAAAGGAAUAGUACCAUUGUUUAUUGGAUAAGUUGUGAAUUAAGGUAAAGACAUAACAAUAUUAAGAGUUGUAAUCAAUCACGUGUAACGUUUUGUGUUAUUUUCAGGGCAUUUGCUGCAUAAAUGAAAUUAUACAGAUUUACUAAUACAAUAGGUGCUGAAGCUUUUCAGCUUGUGCUGGAAAUUGAGGAAAAUUUUAAAAGUCUAUCUAGCUCAUCCCAUUAAUUUAAAAAUAACUGUUUUUAUCAAUGAGUAAAAGAUAUGUCCCGACAUCUUUGUAAAAGUUAUGAAUAUCGAUGAUGCAAAACAAAAACAUAUUCAGUUGCAGUACUUUACUUUUAUUAUAAUAUUAGAUCCGUAUAUAAUUAUGUGUACUAUGUUAAGCCUGUCCAGACUAUCAAAUAUUUGACAUAAAAACUGUUAUAUGCCCAUAUAUAGUCAUGAUAUGGCUAUAUAUGGUCAAGAUAUGAUGUCAUCAUGACCAUAUAUAGUCAUGAUGUGCCUAUAUAUGGUCAAGAUGUGAUGUCAUCAUGACCAUAUUUAGGCAUGUCACAUGUUUUUGUCAAACAAACUUUGGUAGUGUGGACAGGGCCUAAAGUAGAAAUGUAGUGUACUAUGUGUUUGCUCUAAUGUUCAGGAUUUAUUAUUCUUUUAUUUUAGUUUGAAGACAGGUUUUUGCUCAUAUUAUAAGAGAAUUUAGUAAGAGAAUACCAUCAAAUAUUACCUCAGAUGAAAUUUUUAUUUGAAGUCAGAUUAUGCUAUUAAAUUUAUUUUCAGUUGAAUUUAGUUUCAGUUGAAUUUUUUAUUUAGAAUCAUAUUUAUAGACCACCAUCAAAUAUUGCCUAUGGUUUGAUUUGAAGUUUUAUUUUGAAAUAUGAUAAUGCCAUCAACUUUUUUUUAUUAUUUUAAAUAAAAUUUAUAAAACUGCCAUUUUUGAUUUUUAAAUGGAAGUAAAAUUCAAAGACUACCAUCAAAUCUUACUUUUGGUUUCAUUUGAAUUUUUAUUUUGAAUUAAAAUUUAUUGACCAUACCAUCAAAUAUUGGUUUAGAUUUCACUUUAUUAUUUCUUUUCAAAAUUAAGAUUAGUAUAGUAUAGCAAGCGAGAAUGUGUAUUCAUCAACUCAUUUACACAAUUAUAUAUAUUUUUGUAUUCUUUUUAAAUAAUUUUCUUAAAUUUUUGAAGUAGGUAUAAAUUGUAUGUGUUAAAAAAUGUAAUGAAUUUUCUACAGUUUAUUAUACUUCUAUAUAAUAUUCUACUCAUUCAACUCAUUUACACCAUUAUAUAUAUUUUUGUAUUCUUUUUAAAUAAUUUUAUUAAAUUUUUGAAGUAGGUAUAAAUUGUAUGUGUUAAAAAAUGUAAUGAAUUUUCUACAGUUUAUUAUACUUCUAUAUAAUAUUCUAAUACCAUGCAAUGUAUUCAAAGUUUUAGUAAUUGCUUAAAUUAGCUUUUUGUACUGCCAUAGUUAAAUUUUUCAAAAUUCGACGUUGCCUUGUAGGACAUAUGAAAUGUUGCGAUAAUUAAUUGUCAAUAAUAAAUUGUUACCAGUGCACUUUAGUUGUAAUACUAAUAAACUUUUCACUGUACUUUCAAAAUCUAAAAUGUUGUAUUUAAGCAUUGUUACCGAUUGAUAUUGAUGCUCUUAUUCAAAUGCCACUGUUUUUACAAAAGGUGUUUGAGUAUCCGUUCUUGUUCUAAUCGUUCCUAAAUUAUACACGUAUUGCCAAUGCUGCUAAUUCAGUUGUAAUAGUACAAAUGCACUUUUCUUAAUUGCACUUUAAUGCUAAAGUGUUUCUAAAUCUGUUGAAUAUUGUUACUGCUUCAGUGUUGUUUACAGUUUCAAAUGUCAGUUUUCACAAAUGUUAUUCGAAUAAAUGGAUCGUAUUUUGACGGAUUUCUUUAA